GGUGAACUCUUGCCUCUUUCCAGGGGUAUGAGGCGCCCACCCUAAGCUCCAGAGAGUUGUCCUCCACGGAGUGUAGCAGAGGAGAGGGCUGACAUGAAAUCCAAUCCUGCCAUCCAAGCCGCCAUUGACCUCACGGCCGGGGCUGCAGGAGGCACAGCAUGUGUGCUGACUGGGCAGCCCUUCGACACAAUGAAGGUGAAGAUGCAGACGUUCCCCAACCUGUACAGGGGCCUCACCGACUGCUGCCUGAAGACCUACUCCCAGGUGGGCUUCCGGGGCUUCUACAAGGGGACCAGCCCCGCGCUGAUCGCCAACAUCGCCGAGAACUCCGUGCUCUUCAUGUGCUAUGGCUUCUGCCAGCAGGUGGUACGGAAGGUGGUUGGACUGGACAGGCAGGCAAAGCUGAGUGACCUGCAGAACGCAGCCGCCGGCUCCUUCGCCUCUGCGUUUGCUGCUCUGGUCCUCUGCCCCACGGAGCUCGUGAAGUGCCGCCUACAGACCAUGUACGAGAUGGAGACGUCGGGAAGGAUAGCCAAGAGCCAGAACACAGUCUGGUCCGUCGUGAAGAGCAUCCUGAGGAAGGAUGGCCCCUUGGGCUUCUACCACGGGCUGUCGAGCACUUUGCUCAGAGAAGUGCCCGGCUACUUCUUCUUCUUCGGUGGCUAUGAACUGAGCCGAUCGUUUUUUGCAUCAGGGAGAUCAAAAGAUGAAUUAGGCCCUGUCCCUUUGAUGCUAAGCGGUGGAUUUGGUGGAAUCUGCCUGUGGCUUGCUGUUUACCCGGUGGAUUGUAUCAAAUCCAGAAUCCAAGUUCUUUCCAUGUCUGGAAAACAGGCAGGAUUUUUUGGAACCUUCAUAAGUGUUGUGAAGAAUGAAGGAAUAACGGCCUUAUAUUCUGGACUGAAACCUACCAUGAUUCGCGCGUUCCCUGCCAACGGGGCACUAUUUUUGGCCUAUGAAUACAGCAGGAAGUUGAUGAUGAGCCAGUUCGAAGCCUACUGAGGUGCUGUGGAAAACGUGGAGCCAAGGACAAGUGCUGAGGACCGUAGUCCAUCUCAGGGUUUCCUGGAGUACAAGACCAACGUGAAAUUGCUUUGAUUUCACAGGAACUUUUUUUUGUCUUCCAUUCUUAUACCUUAAAUCUUAACCUUUAUAGGAGAGUAUUUUACAUCAUGUAAUUUCUGCCCAUCAUUGUAUUGAAAUAGAAAAACUGCUGCUCUUGUCCUCGGUGGGACAUAUAGGGUGGGCCGCUGGCCCUAGGUACCUAACCUGAAAGGCUAACUAUAGUUGUAUCAGGGCUUUUGCAAAAACCUGUACGUAUACAUGCAGUUUGGAUGGUUGUAUGUUGUGAGUGAUGCCCAGUUUGGUUCUGUGUUUCAUCUCAGAUCUCACCAGAAAAGCCCAGAGGUAACCGUGUUUCAUAAGGAUGGUUAUAAAUGGUUGCUUAGUCCAGUCUAGAUGUAGGAUCUCUUUUAAAAUCUGCCUCGUGUGGACACUAUAUUAAGUGGUUGAAGUUUUAAAGAAGUUUUCCUGUGGUGCUUGAAAACUUAAGACAGCCAUCUAGAUUUUACAGAGAAGAAUAUACCUGCAUCCUGGUGUGGCUUCCGCAAUCUUAAGUUUCAGGUAAGCAUCCUGGGUUUUCCCAAGAUGCUCUCCUAUGAAAACCAUGCUAUUCAUUGUCUAGGUGGGGUCACAUCCCACACUCAGACUAUUACUGGGUGUGGCCUAGAGCUGCAGGCCUCUGGGAAGCAGCGUGGCCCUCACUGGCCAGCUUCUCCUCCUCUCCCAGGGAGCUCCCUCUGCUGGGCUGGAGCUUGAAGGGGCUGAGGGGAGGGGCCGGUGGUGCUGUGCUUUGUGAAGACCCUGUGGCUGACAGCCACCUCGAGCUACUGUCUCUGGGUCUUGGCCUGGGUGGGAUUCCAGAGUAAUCCGCUGGACCACCUCUGGGCUGUUGAGCCACUUGGGACCAUGCCCUCCUUGGCUCCACCAAUCAGAAAUAGAAUUUCCAGGGAGCAGAGUGCCAAAGCCAGGAGAGGCCCAGGCUCCCUGCCUGUCUGGGGGCAGAGUGACAGUGCUCGGGGGCAAAGUCCUCUCCUCUCGGUCGGAACCAGACGGAGUGUAGUGCUUGCACUCCACGUGAGUGGUGUCAGGGCUGACCCAGGCUGAAGUUUGUCCCAGGCCCCCUGACCCCUCCUCGCCAGGCUCUUACACUGUUAGAGCCUUUGACGUUGGGGACUGGCCAUCAGUGAAUCUCAGUGUCGUGGUCCAUGGGGUGUGACUGUUUAAAGUGAUGAAAGAGAAGUAACUGUCUUCAGCUCUGCCGUUUGAAUGCGCUAGCAACCAUAGGCCCCAUUCCUCUGAUCCCUGCAGACUUGGGAUGGGCAGUCGUUCGGCCGUCUGGUGUAGGAGGGCCCUGGUCAGCACUAAAGCAAACGUCCUUGCUCUGCUGCUCCGAGACCACCGAGGACUCUCUGAUAAAGUGUUCUCAGGCAGCCUGCAUGGCCGAAGCAAGCGGGCUGGCCUGUGACUAGUCCACCCCAGUGCAUCUGUCCCUAUCGGCAGGAUGGAGGCCUUGCGUGAAAUCUCUGGUUUCUGCAAGCUUCCCUUUCCCCGUGAAUCUGCUGGUGACUCCGCCACAUGGCAGGAGCAGGAGGGUCAGGAGGGCAAGAUGCUGGCGGGCAGGGUGCUGCAGACAUUGUUGGGGGUCGGGGGCGUGCCGGGGCUGUGCCCCGUGUGCUUCAGAGCCGUGCCUGGUCUUCCCGCUGCCUUUCCUCGAAAAGAAAGCCAUCAUUCUACCUUACUUUUCUCCAUACUUAAAUGGUCAGUAGCUGCUAAGCGGUGCUUCAUCUGAACAGCUCUAGAUUGAAGCAAAUAUGGGACUGGCUUCCGGCAGGAGAUAACCUGCUUCAGAGGCCAGGGGCCCCUGUCAUGUGGGCCCUUUUGGCAUUAGAUUUUCUCACGUGUUGUCCUGUAAAGAUUUAACCAAAAAUCUUCAGCAGAAACAGUCUGAGGCAAGUACAAAUGAGUGGGAGUAAGGAAUGGAAACUGAAGUCGGAGGUUUUGGGGUUUUUUUCCUUCUAUUUGCUUAAUGAUUCAAUAUUUGGGUACAGUUUGUACCACUUCAGAUUUGUACUCCAGACAAAAACAGUAACUUGAAAUAUUAUGUUCAAAGAAAUUCUUGUGUUCUGUCACUAAAUUAUUUGCCAAAUAUUUGACUAUUAUAUGAUUUGUUUUGUUUAGGUACUUUGCAUACGUGCUAAGAACCAAUUGUCCAGGAACGUUUAAGAGUCAUGCAAGGUAAUAUUUUGAGGUGGCGGGUUUUUUGCAACAAGCAUUUUUUGUCAGCAAGAUUCCCGAUGUAAAAUAGCUAUUAAAUUGGUAAGAAUACACGGCAGUUACAAAAAUUGGCCGGCUAGAAUUACUCUCUCCCUCCACCAGGCUGUGGAUGUGAUGUGACUGAUUUGCCAGGAUGCCACUCUAUUUUUUAAAAUAAACUUCUUGGUACCAAGUUUUGGAUAGUUCUA